AUGGGCAUCGUAACGUUGUCCGUAGAGACUCUAGACCAGCACCGAGUUCUGGUUGCAUUCAUUGUUCUACUCUCGUACCCUAUUUACAACUCUCUCUAUAACAUCUACUUCCACCCACUCUCCCACCACCCCGGCCCAAAGCUCUGGGCUGCCUCCCGCAUCCCAUUCAUCUACAGCCUUCUCACUGGCCAACUAAUCCAGCGUACCAAAGAAUUCCACGAGAAAUAUGGAGACUUCCUGCGACUUGCGCCAGAUGAAGUGUCGUUUGCAAGCGAGCAGGCUUGGAACGAGAUUUAUGCGUUUCGUCCGGGUCAUAAGAGGGCACUGAGGGAUAAGGCGUAUUAUGUCGCCCCUGAAUCAAAUGUUGACAACAUAAUCACUACAACCGACUUCAAAUUCCACGCUCGUGUUCGUCGGAUUCUGAGCUCUUCGUUCUCCGAAGGAUCACUUCGCGCUCAAUACUCCCUCAUCAACUCAAAAGCCGACCUGCUGGUAUCCCAAAUCCAGCGACUCACCGCCUCGUCCAAAGAAGGCGCUCGCGUAAACAUGACAGACUGGCUUAACUUCUUCACCAUGGACGUGAUCAGCGAUCUUGCUUUUGGAGAAUCAUUCGGGUGUCUCGAACGCGGUGACUACCACGAAUGGGUACACACUUUGUUCGCGUUCUUGAAAUACAUGUCUCUCGCCGCUGCACCACGGUAUUAUCCUACUGUGGAAUUUAUCUUGAAGAUGUUCAUGCCGAAAAGUGUGAUGGAAGGACAGAGGAAACACAUGGCUUAUGCGCGGGAAAAGAUCACUCGGAGGAUUGAUUUGAAGAGCGAGCGACCGGAUUUCAUGACGCCUUUUAUGAAGAAUAAUGUUAACUUUGAAAGUGUUUCGCGGGAGGAGAUUGUGGAGACGUUUAAUUUUGUGAUUAUUGGAGGCUCUGAAACUACCGCAACCGCAAUGACGGGCAUUUUUAACCAUCUCACCAGGAAGGAGAAUAAGCAUGUAUUGGAAAUGUCGACGAGGGAGAUCCGAGACAAGUUCAGUGAGAAGGAAGAGAUCACUUUUGAUACCAUUCAGUGCCUGCCUUAUCUCGAUGCAGUCAUCAAUGAGGGCCUAAGGAUGUGUAACCCUGUCCCCGGUGGACUACCACGUGUAGUGCCUGCUGGCGGAGACACGUAUUGUGGAACUCGCCUAGCUGUACGCACCUUCGCGGUGAAUCGCUCCGACAAACUCUUCGAAAAUCCCAACACUUUCAUCCCUGGAAGAUGGCUCCCUGACGACCAACGCCCAAAAGAAUAUUCGCAAGACAAUUUAGCCGCAAGUAAACCAUUCAGCGUUGGCUUUCACAGUUGUCUAGGACGGCCUCUUGCGUGGUUGGAGAUGCGGCUUGUGAUAGUUAAACUUCUGCUUGCUUUCGACUUGGCUGUUGAUAAUGGGGAUAUGGUGAAUUUUGAUCACUUUCCAGUUAUCAUGCUGAUCCAAAAGUUGCCAAUGAGGAUCAGAGUUCGAAACAGGAAUUAA